AUGAUGUAUCUCUGUUCUAGUAUUUCUGAACUGUUCCUGUCGAUUAAUGAAACAGCUGCUAGGCUGAGGUUGGCUGCCACCGAGAAAGCUGAGGCAGAGAAGAUACUGCAGAUCAAGAGAGCCGAAGGUGAUGCAGAAUCCAAGUACUUGGCCGGUCUGGGUAUCGCAAGACAGCGCCAGGCUAUAGUGGAUGGGCUGAGAGACAGUGUUCUUGCUUUCUCUGAGAAUGUUCCUGGGACCUCUGCAAAGGAUGUCAUGGACAUGGUUCUGGUGACCCAGUACUUCGACACCAAGAAGGAGAUUGGGGCCUCAUCCAAGUCCUCGUCGGUCUUCAUCCACCAUGGACCAGGUGCUGUCAGAGACAUCGCAGCGCAGAUAAGGGAUGGUCAGCUCCAGGCCAGUCUGGUGUGA